GUCAGUGCGCAUGCGCAGAGCCGGGUGUCCGGUGUCAAACCGAGCAGCUGUUGAAUUCGUUCAGGACAGAACCGAGCCAGCACGUGCUACACGCCCACAUCAACCGAACCGAGCCGGUCCAGAAGCCGAGAGAGAACCGGGUUUCAGCCGGUCCACAUAUCGGAGUCCGACUCGGAACCAGCAGGAAAGCUACCAGAGCUAAUAGAGCCGAACCGUCUACUGACCGGCAGGCCGCGGUCUGGUUCCGUCCGCACCGGAGGAUCGGUGGACCACCUCUGCGUUUCAGGCCCUGGUCCCGGUGCUGCUCGGCUGUCACAAAGGGUUCUGCCUGUGAACCGGUUCGGCUUAAAGACAGGAACCGGACAUGCUGAUAGCUGCUGUCGGAAGCUCCGCCCCUACAAGCAAGAAACGACGGCGAGGCAAAAAGCAUCGGCGAGUGCGAGCUGACGACAGCCGGCCUGAAGAGGGCUGUGAUUUUCUGAAGACUGAUGGUACUCCCCUCCAAAUACCACUGGAGAGUGACCCCCACAAAGACCUGCUUCCCCCAGAAUGUGCUACAAAUGCUGGGGAAGAUCCUGAGGGCCUACCAGAGCCUGACACAUUAUCCCCCAAGACAGGCAUUCAAACUCAGUCACCCUGUUCCCAAAGUCCCCAGAAAAAUCUGAGUUCCCAGAUUCCAAACCAGAUCACACAUCCUCCUCCCAACCACCACCAGAAAACCCAAUCUCCCCGUCCCCAGAGCCCCCACCAGACAACCCAGUCACCACAUUCACCCCGUCCCCAGAGCCCGCACCAGACCACCCAGUCACCCCGUCCCCAGAGCCCCCACAAGACCGCCCAGUCACCCCGUCCCCAGAGCCCCCACCAGACAACCCAGUCACCCCGUCCCCAGAGCCCCCACAAGACCGCCCAGUCACCCCGUCCCCAGAGCCCCCACCAGACCACCCAGUCACCCCGUCCCCAGAGCCCCCACCAGACAACCCAUUCACCCCGUCCCCAGAGUCCCCACAAGACCGCCCAGUCACCACAUUCACCCCGUCCCCAGAGCCCCCAGCCGUCAGCACAGUCACAGAUUCCAAACCAGAUCACCCACUCACAGCCUCGCCAAAGCCUCCAGCAGAUAACCCAGUUAUUGCGUCCCCAGAGUCCAAACCAGACAACCCCACCCACUUUAGACAUCAAUAAUGCUCCAGUAGGAACUAAAAUGCCUCCUGAAAUUACCCUCAGCAAUUCCCUGUGUCCUAGCAAAUCACCUGCCACUUUAGAAAGUCUUGGACAAAGUCUCAGCAAGUCUCCACCAAAUGUUAACAACAUAACCCAGAAUGCUUCAGUACUUCCUUGUAGAACUGCACAUGGUCUAACAGAGUUCUUCCAAGCGCCUCUAACCUCACCUCAUAGCAUUACCUCUGAAUCUACUGCAAUCUUUGCACCGAACACAGUCAAAGCUCCUCCCACUGCUACAUUAAGCCCCGCCCACUCAGACCCCUUUCUCCUGACCUCGGUGACGUUUACUUCCAGUGUUUCUUCCCAUCCUCUGUGCUCCUCCUCCUCUCUCCUCUGCUCCCUGGAAUCUCCAUUCAGCUUCCCUCCCAUGACGUUAUCUGCCACAUCCCAGUUAACUAUGCCACCUCCACAUCAGACUCCGUCUCCUUUAGAGCUGACUCCACCUCCUCUAGAGUUAACCCCGCCUCCUGCUCAGUUGCUUGGCUCAGAUGAUGAAGAGCAGGAAGAUCCUUCAGAUUAUUGUAAAGGUGGCUACUACCCGGUAAAGAUCGGCGACCUGUUCAACGGGCGGUACCAUGUGGUCAGGAAGCUGGGCUGGGGACACUUUUCCACCGUGUGGCUCUGCUGGGACCUGCAGAAGAAGCGCUUUGUGGCCAUGAAGGUGGUGAAGAGUGCUCCUCACUAUACUGAGACGGCUUUGGAUGAAAUCAAGCUGCUCCGAUGUGUGAGGGACAGCGACCCCUCUGACCCAUACAGAGAAACCAUCGUCCAGCUCAUUGAUGACUUCAAGAUCUCCGGUAUCAACGGAGUUCAUGUCUGUAUGGUUCUGGAGGUUCUGGGUCAUCAGUUAUUAAAAUGGAUCAUUAAAUCAAAUUACAUGGGACUUCCUCUGGUCUGUGUCAAGACCAUCAUCCGACAGGUGCUACAGGGACUCGACUACCUUCACACCAAGUGUAAGAUCAUCCAUACGGACAUCAAGCCAGAGAACAUCCUACUGGUUGUAGACGACAUUUACAUCCGACGAUUGGCAGCCGAAGCCACCAUCUGGCAGAGAGCUGGAGCCCCGCCCCCUUCAGGGUCAUCAGUUAGCACGGCUCCCAGGGAUGAAGAGUUGGGGAAGUUGUCGAAAAACAAAAAGAAAAAGUUGAAAAGAAAGGCAAAGCGCCAACAGAAGCUCCUAGAGGAAAGGCUCAUUGAUAUACAGAGGAUGGAUGAGGAGGAAGGUCUCCAGCAGCCUGAGGAUGCAGAUCCAACCUGUUCUUCAGCCGUCAACGGCAGCACUUCCUACUCCGCAGCCAAUAACAAAGCCAGCUCAGAGUCCAGCAGCUCCUGGUUGGACGGCAGGUGUAAUGACCACGUCCUUGGACGGUUCUCCAGCCCCGCCUCCGGCCUAUCGGGGUUCUCCAGCUCAGUGAUGUCAGCAACAUCUGAGUCAGCUCUUUCCACCCAGUCGGGGUACUCGAGUGGGCGAGAUGGGUUCAGCUCUACGGACUUCGUGCUCAACCCUCUGGAUCCUCACAAUGCCGACCGGCUCCGGGUGAAGAUCGCUGAUCUGGGAAACGCCUGCUGGGUGCACAAACACUUCACAGAGGACAUCCAGACGAGGCAGUACCGAGCUCUGGAGGUUCUGAUUGGAGCCGAGUACGGUCCGCCAGCAGACAUCUGGAGCACUGCCUGCAUGGCGUUUGAGCUGGCCACCGGAGACUAUCUGUUCGAGCCUCAUUCAGGAGAGGACUAUACCAGAGACGAAGAUCACAUUGCUCACAUCAUCGAGCUGCUCGGGCCCAUGCCUGUGCCCUUCGCUCUGUCUGGCAGGUACUCCAGGGAAUACUUUAACCGGAGAGGUGAGCUGCGUCACAUCUCCAACCUGAAGCCGUGGGGUCUGUUCGAGGUCCUGCUGGAGAAGUACGAGUGGCCGCUGGAUCAGGCUGCGCAGUUCAGCGACUUCCUGCUCACCAUGUUGGAAAUGGAGCCUGAGCGGCGGGCCACGGCGGCGCAGUGCCUGCAGCACGCCUGGCUGCACACAUGAGCGCCUGCGUGCACAUGCAGGGACACGUGCACACGCAUCUGUCCCACUGUGACACACUGACUGAUGUAGAGAGGAGACGCCUCUGCAGAUUGGUCGACCUAUGGCCUGACUAAUCGCUCCUGAUGAACACCUGAGGGGAACGUGGCUCGUGUAAGCGGAGCUGAGGUCCAUUUGAUCGCUGCUCAUAGACGACCGUCCAGAUUAAUAAAAGCGGUGCGGCCUCACAGAUCUGAGCUGACAGUUGAUCUCAGAAACCCACCUGUUCCAUCACACCGCUGUCGGCUGUAGGGGACUUCCUGUCAGACUUCCUGUUCCUCUUGACUUGAUCUGAUCUAUGAAGCAAACGCUGCUCGUCUGUUGCUUCACUGAUUGAUUAUUGGUCAACAGAUCGACCUGAAACCGUCGACUGAACGGUGGACCCCCAGCGGGUCGUCAGCUGGCCGUUUCCAGCGCUGGAGUCAGACCGCAGCUGAGAUCUCGAUUCAUUUUGCUGAAAUUUAAUUUGUACGUUUUCAUUAUUGCAUCACUUCCUGCUUAUCGACCUCUAAUCAGACGCCCUGAUGAUGAGCUUCCACCUGAUUUUACCUGUUCUGAUGACAUUAGUGCCUUGAAACAUGGCUGCCCCCUGUGCAGCAGUGACAUCACUGAUAAUGUCAGGAGGGCUUUUUCUAUAUGUGUUUGUGUGAAAGUAAAGAUGGAUGCAGCUCACCUCAGCAAGAACCUGUAUGUUUGAAAGCAGAAUGAAUCCGAAUAAAGACCGCUGGUUCUGGGUUUACAGGGAAUAAAACAGAACCGUGUGAACUCGCCUGAAGUUUAACGGCUAACCCCGCUCAGCUGCACGAACAAACCGCAGAGAGGUUCUAAGAAGUUAGAAUUUGGUUUCUGCAGCUGGUCGGGUUUGCUUUGGUCGUGAUUUAACGUGUUUCUGUGCUUUAAUUCAACCUUUUCUUAUCCACCUCAGUAGUUGUGACUCUGUAAGCUGAAGGACUUUAGGGAAUAAACUGGUUAAAGGUU